AUGAGGUUUUUGGAUGCUGUAUUCAACCAAUUUUUUAAAAGAAUAUUAUUUGAAAAAUCUAAUUGGAAAAUUAAAAUUGUUUUAAUUUUAAUGUUUUUAAAAUCAAUAGAUAGUAACUCAAAUGGAGAGUUAAUUUUUAAAAAUAUUAUAAACAAUGAGACUAAUUUAAGAAUGGAAGAUUUGCAAAAAGAGCAAGGUGACAGGAAUUUUAAUCAUUGUAAUUUAACAAUGUUAAUUAAACAAGGAGAAAAAAGUGAUUUAAAUGAGUACAAAAACUGCAGUCAAAAAUCGGAUACAGCUUUUGAAACUAAAAAUAUAUUAGGACUUGGACAUCAAAAUUUAAAUUAUACAUCUCCGGUAGAAAAUCUACUCAUUCAAAAUCCAAAAGCUGUUUUUAAUGAAAGUAACAUCUUAAACAUUACUGAAAAUGGAAAUAAUACAAUAUAUAAGCCUUUAGUUGGUAGGAAAAUGGCUGAUUACGAGCUAAUUCAUAGAGACCAAUUAGUUUUCAGGCCUGUUGGUUAUCAUCAAUUUGAUGUAAUACCACAAGUUAUACAUCAAAUACCUCAAAACCAGUACCCGAUGUUUAGAAGUGGAUAUUUGGGUUAUCCAUACAAUCCAAUUAAUUACUAUCGUUCUCCAUAUAUAACUACGCUUAAGAGGAAUAGAACAAGAAGGUUUUUAACUGAAGAUUUAGAUACUAAUGCGAAAAAUGAAUACAAGGUUGAGUACGAAAUAAUGGAGUUUUUAAGUGGAAAUAACUCAAUAUUUAAUCAAUAA